AUGGAUCCCACCAGUUCUCAAGACAAUCAUCCAGGGGACUCCGAAACAGAUCGCCCUACAGAGCGCGGUGAAGAGAGUCCACCUGACGGGCUUAACAGUAGUUCCUCUGAGACAUUACAGCGAAGGCUGCCGCGGGCGGAGGACGAACAGCACUCAGGUCAGGUGGAGGAGGUGCUAAACAGGCAGCAGUAUACUGAAGACCCGAAUUCAAACGCCGCACUGGAUGAGCGAGAGAAACCUCACGUUGGAAGCGAUGGAGAACUUUCCCAGGCGGAACAGCAAUUGGAGACAAGUUCACGCGGAGACGUGACCCCGAAUGAGCCCCAAAGAUCAGUGGAAAGGCAAUUCAUUGAGCCCCACAUGGAGCAAAUUCAGCACAUCCACAGCGGGCAGGAUACGCCACAGAUAGGCCUUUCAAACAGUGUACAGUUGGAGCAAAAUGAUGAUCUGCCCGGCGAGAACGGUCAGUUGCAGACGAGCACCGAACAACCAGAGCAAAUACAGGAACAAGUGGCGCAAGUAGAGGGUCCGAUUAUUCCUGACGUAGCAGGCAAUUCACAAGAAUACGAACAGGAGUUGCAGCAACGGCAAGGUGAGGGCGGGCAAGAUAUUCCGCACCAACAGAACUCCGAUGAGGUGGAGGGCCAACAUCAGGACCUACUGCAGGAUGAAAACCCUCCAAAGGAGCAGGGAGAAGAAUCGCACCUCGAAUCUUUACUUGGGCAACAGCCGGAGGAGAACCACCAUGAGUGUAAGGAAAUGCAAGAGGACCAGCAACUUCCGUCGGAGGAAGCUCAGCCGAAAACAGAAAUUGCUCAAGCAGAGCUUAACAACGACGGCCUUGAAAACAAAUCCCCCACAAGCUCCGAGCCUGCUGCCCACCGACAUAGCCGUCGAGAGAAAAAGUCCAGGCGCACCAAGAAGCUGCAGGACACACAGCCUGUCGUUGAUGCAAAUAGUGAGAACGAUGGAGCGUGCAAGGAGACGCCGAUGAGGAGACCCACGGAGAAUUUGUUUGAUGCAAAAACAGCAACGGCUCUUCAGAGCCUCUGCGCACUCCAGCAGCAGGCACAGCAAGCACCGGUUAUGGCAUCUUCCGCGAAACUCGGAGAUCCCAAGGAACUCGAUGAGGUUGAAAAAUGGUUUGUGUUUGGAGAGGAUGAAAUCGAGGCUGAAGCCUUAGAAAAGGAACGCGCUGACAGAUUGCAACGCGUCGAGUCGCUUAGAACUGUUGCAAUUAUACGGCAGAAUAUCACAACUAAAAAGGCUUUAGAGGAUCUUCAGGAAGCGCUGACAAGUCAAGAGGUGGUCGUCGGGUUUGCAGAAGACGUACCCGAAGAACGGAGCCGCUGGGCUGCAGAAACAGGAGACGUGCAGAAGCAGCAGAAAGAACGCUUGCAAUCACAGGCCGACCGACUUCGUCAGGAGGCUCAAAAAAUACGCGACAGGAUUAUACAGCAGGUUAAGAAGAAGCAAGCUGAGUUCAAGGAAGCGAGGAGGGUAGCGGCUCGCGAACAUGAGGAAAGAAAGGCGGACAUGCUGCAAACAUUGCAUUCCUUCCAACUGCGCCUAGAGGCAAUAUUACAGCACCGCCGGUUGGAGCUGCUGCAGUCGUAUGGUUUUCUAAGACGAGACUUCAACACAACGAGUUACUCUCUUAAGGGGAAGAUUCCUAGAGCAGCCAGCGCUGCCCUGGGCUUGGAGCGGGGCGUUGAGGGACCGAACUGGAGACUGAUGCCGCAGACAUUGCGGCUCCGCCUUGACUUAUGCCGGGCUGUGAAGGACGGCGUCCCCAGAGGGCAAUAUGUAAUGAUGGUCUCGGUGUGGAACAGACUGGGCGGCCACCGGCUAGUGUGGAAGUGUCUUAAUAAAGAGUUUACGUCUUCUGAAGAAUCUAAACAAAAUGCAGGAGACCACGCUGCCUGUGGAAGUACCCCAGCCGCCUUGGCCACUGGGUCCUGCGCUGUUUCUGCCCCUGUAGCAUUUGCGGCAAUGUACUUCAGCGAAUGCCUAAGGUUUGACGAAACGCUGUAUUUGAACUGCCCCUCUGAGGCCGACAUUAAGCCAUCCAUGUGCCUAGUAUUUCAGCUCUACCUGCUGCGUGGUGCAGUCUCGCCUGUAGACAAGGUUCCUUUGUUUUUAGGAGAGGUUGACACUUCCAUUCAACGAUAUCUUGAGAUGGAAGACAUGUUACGGAUGCGACUAGACAACUGGCUUUGCAAUCUCUACUUCCGCAUUGUUCGAGUGCCGAAAGAGCUAGACGGCCUUAAGGAAUUUGAACUCCCUCUCCACUACACUGGGCGAAUGCUCAAUAUCCCAGAUGAAUUACCUCUACCCGCAGAAACGCGUUUUUCAUCCUCCACUCGCAGCAGCCGCAGCAUACGAAGUAGCCGUAGUAGCACAGCUAGUUCAUCUGCGCAGAGGAUCUUGCAGAGCAUGAUCAUGAAACGGGAGACGAUCGACGUGAUAUCCGAGCAAACCCUGCUGCACAGAGGCGUAACUGCAAGAAAACUUCGUCACAUUUGGAGCGAACUCUUCGAGGAAUUCUCCCUUUCUUCGGAUAUGAAAGAAAUCAGCCUGGCGGGAGCUGCCCUGUUGUUCGCUCUGGGAGCUUUGUGGUUCGCUGUCUUUGUAGCUCUGUUUGGUUCAUGGGUUACUCUGAAGGCUUGUAGCGUCCCCGUCUAUAGCGCUGAAAUUAGCGGCCUGUACAUCCGAUUCGGCUAUGUCCAGGAAUUAUUGUCAUUCGGGCCAGCAGUUUUGUAUUCUGCAAGCGGCUUCGUAGCUGCCCUUCUAGUGUUCGCAUUACUGUGCUGUAUGGCCCACUUGGCUCACUGCUUCGUCGGACGGCUGCCGAAUGCAGCAUACCGUUUCAUGGCUCCCCUCGGAGUUUCCGUCCUGCUCUUACCAAUCAUCUUGGCCAUCAUAGAGGCUGUCGGCAGUGAAUCUUCUGGGAUGACAUUUGCGCUCCACAACUACCUUGAAAGAGAGUUUGCUUCGGGCGUCACAGGGGUUGCUCUGACUGUCCUCAUGGACAUUGCAUUUAUGGCAAUGAGCUCAGUCGUACGGGAAUAG